AUGGCAACCGAGCAACAACAAGCACGCCGGGUCGCAGACGGCGCACCGCUGGAGAAGGACUUCAGCAGAGGCAUGACCGGUACCUACAACUUCGCUCCAGAAGCACACAGCAAGAAAGACACAAUCUACCUCUCGCCCAACGGCUACGACACCGAGCGCCUUGAUCCCGGCAUGGACUCCGCCCACGCGCUCCGCCGCAUCCGCACCGCAGGCAGCGUGACCAUGUCGCCCGAGCUGUUCGAGAAGCUCUACCUCACGCCCGAACACAAGGUCAAAGGCGACCUACGGCAGACAUUCGGCAACCCGACACCACUCGCACUCCUAGGCUUCCUGCUCUCCCUCUCCCCCCUCAGCUGCGACCUCAUGGGCUGGCGCGGCGCAGGCGGCAGCGGCGCGGCCAGCAUCGGGGCGUAUUUUUUCUUUGGGGGGCUGCUGAUGGUGCUGGGCGGGCUGGGCGAGUGGGUCAUCGGGAACACGUUCCCGUUCGUCGUCUUCAGCAGCUUCGGCGCCUUCUGGCUGACGUUCGGCGCCACGCUGCAGCCGUUCUACAAUGCGUCGGGCGCGUAUGCCACUGAUCCUGCGGACCUGUCGACGGGGCUGGAGAGUGUCGGCUUUAAUGCGAGUUUGGGGUUCUACUGGCUCACGAUCGCGCUCAUGUGCUUUCUGUACCUCAUCCUAGCGCUGCGGACGAACGUCGUCUUCGUGCUCAUAUUCCUGAGCCUCGUGAUACUGUUCACGACGCUGACGGGCGGCUACUUCUACACGGCGAGCGGCGACGCGGCGCUCGCGCACCGGCUGAUCGUCACGGCGGGCGCGAGCGGCUUCGUCACUUGCGCGUGUGGCUGGUGGAUCUUUUUCGCGAUUAUGCUCGCUGCGCUGGAUUUUCCCUUCCAGCUUCCUGUUGGCGACUUGUCGACCCUCAUCAAGAGCGGGACGCAGAGGCGCGAGGAGCGCGAGAAGGCCGCUGCCGCUGCUGGGUCGCCGGUUUAG